GGCGGCGGCUGGUGCUGCUGCUGCGACGGGGGGGGGGCCGCUGCUGCCAGGCGGGGGGUGUCCUGCUUUUGCUGGAGAGAGGCGGGGGCCGCCGCGCCGUCGGUGCGCCCAGCGGGGACUUUGCAGCAGCAGCAGCAGCAGCGGGGCCGGGGCGGUGGGAGCGGCUGGAGGGGGGCGCCGGCCGGCCAGCUCAGCCCCGCGCCCCCUCCGGCGGGACCCUGCGGCCUGAGUGCCCCGCGCCCUCCCCCCUCUUCCCCGCUCCUCUUCCUCGCCUGCGCGCCCCUCCACCCCCGGGCCGGGGGGCGCCGCCUCUCCCGCGGGCCGCCGGAGCCGUCGAGGGCGCGCCCUAUGCGGUGAGAUGGCCUCGGAGCUGGCGCUGAGCGCGGCCGACCUGCCCACCAGCCCGCUGGCCAUCGAGUACGUCAACGACUUCGACCUGAUGAAGUUCGAGGUGAAGAAGGAGCCGGCCGAGGCCGAGCGCUUCUGCCACCGCCUGCCGCCGCCGGGCUCGCUCUCCUCCACGCCGCUCAGCACGCCCUGCUCGUCCGUGCCCUCCUCGCCCAGCUUCUGCGCGCCCAGCCCCGGGGGGGCCCACCCGGCCGGCCUGGGCCCCCCGCUGGCCGGCAACCCGGGGGCCGCGGCCGGCAAGGCGCAGCUGGAGGACCUCUACUGGAUGUCCGGCUACCCGCACCCGCUCAACCCGGAGGCGCUCAACCUCACCCCGGAGGACGCCGUCGAGGCGCUCAUCGGCGCCCCGCACCACCACCCGCACCACCACCCGCACCACCACCACCACCAGGCCGCCGCCGCCGCCGCCGCCGCUUACGACGGCUUCCGCGGCGCGCCCUUCCCGCCCGACGAGCUGGCCCCGACGGCCGGCCACCACCACCACCACCACGGCCACGGCCACCACCACCACGCCGGCCACCACCACCACCACCUGCGCCUGGAGGAGCGCUUCUCCGACGACCAGCUGGUGUCCAUGUCGGUGCGCGAGCUCAACCGGCAGCUGCGCGGCUUCAGCAAGGAGGAGGUGAUCCGCCUCAAGCAGAAGCGCCGCACGCUCAAGAACCGCGGCUACGCGCAGUCCUGCCGCUACAAGCGGGUGCAGCAGCGGCACGUGCUGGAGGCCGAGAAGGGCCAGCUGCAGGGCCAGGUGGAGGCGCUCAAGGCGGAGGUGGGCCGCCUGGCCAAGGAGCGCGACCUCUACAAGGAGAAGUACGAGAAGCUGGCCGCCCGCGCCUUCCGCGAGCCCUCGCCGCCCCACGCCGCCGCCCCCAACCCCCCCAAGGCGGCCCCCAGCGCCGCCGACUUCUUCAUGUGAGCCCCCCCCGCCCGACGCCCGCCUUUGGACGUGCGCGGCAGCCGGCCGGCGAUCUGGGGGGGGCGGGAGAGAGAGGACCCCCCGCGGGCCCCGAAGCCCCUGCCGCCGCCGCCGGACAGACCCCUA